UUGAGCUUUCGAAGCAGUGCUCUCAAUGUGUUGAUCCCAACGUUCUUGUUUCCUCUUGGCGUGAAUCUGUUCUACUCCGAUUAAAGGGCAUUUGGUACUUUCAGGAAAUGAGUUCAUUUUAAUUAUUCAAGCUCGAUCGUCUGCAGAAUGGAAAUUUUCUGCUAGGCCGUUUCGGAAAGGUUUAGAAAUCAAAGAAAGAACCUCAGUGGUAUGCCAGAUAAUGAUAAUCUCUGCUGUCUCAAUUGUGAGAAGAAAGACCAUAUGUAAGCUGGAUCAACCAACAUUUGCAAUUGAAGGAAAAAUGCACUCUAGCUAUGCAUCUCCCAUGAAAAUAAUAUUAGAAGAAACCUCAUAUUUGUAAUGGGAGCAAGAUGCCUUUUAACUUUGAGAACGGGAAAAGGAAUUGAAAUUUCUGUUAGCCUUCAUCAAUAAGGAUGAAAGGAGGAAUUCUGUACAGAUUGAGGGGGAAACUACUUUUUCUUAUACUUACUCUUCUCAUUUGCAUAACUGUUCUUCUCUUGGCAUGGGAAAAGACUCCACUUGUUACUUCACUGCUAUCAGUGCAAGAUCAGUUUGUGACAUCUUACUCAGAGAUUUUAGUCGAUUCUAGUAGAAAUCCAGACCAAGUAAUACGCCCAAAGGAGCAUGGUGGGGAAGAUUUUUCAGAUGCAGUUGAAACAAGAGAAACUACGAAUGAACAAAUACAAGAUCUUUCUGUGCAACCAAUGGGUUCUGCAACCAAAAAUUCUACUAAAAGCAUAGAAAAUAUCAGUGAUUUGACAGCUUCUGCAGAGAAGAAAGUUUGUAACUAUGCCAAGGGUAAAUGGGUUGAGGACAGCAGGUGGCCAUUGUAUUCCGGGUUUGGAUGCAAGCAGUGGUUGUCAGGAAUGUGGGCUUGUAGGCUGACCCAACGUACAGAUUUUUCCUAUGAAGGGUUUCGAUGGCAGCCACAAAAUUGUGAGAUGCCAGACUUUGAAGCAUCGGCUUUCUUAAGGAGGAUGAAGGAUAAGACUCUUGCUUUUGUGGGGGAUUCCUUGGGAAGGCAGCAGUUCCAAUCUCUUAUGUGUAUGGCCAGUGGUGGUAAAGAGAGCCCUAAUGUCCAAGAUGUUGGAAGGGAAUAUGGUCUUGUCAAAGCUCGUGGUGCUAUUCGCCCUGAUGGUUGGGCUUACCGGUUCCCAACAACCAAUACCACCAUCCUUUAUUACUGGUCUGCAAGCCUAUGUGACUUGGAGCCCCUGAACGUCACGGAUCCAGCCACCUACUUUGCCAUGCAUCUUGACAGACCAGCAGCUUUCUUGCGCCAAUACCUUAGCAGGUUUGAUGUGUUAAUUCUUAAUACAGGACACCACUGGAACAGAGGUAAGCUCAGAGCGAAUCGGUGGGUGAUGUAUGUAAACGGCAUGCCCAACAAAGAUAAGAAACGUGCUGAGAUUGGAAAUGCCAAGAAUUUUGCAGUGUAUAGCGUCAUCAAGUGGCUGAAUUCACAGCUCCCUCAGCAUCCACGGCUCAAAGCUUUCUUCAGGACCAUUUCACCUAGGCAUUUCUUAAAUGGAGAUUGGAAUAGUGGGGGUAGCUGUGAUAACACCACUCCAUUGUCUAGAGGGGCUGAAGUUUCAAAAGAUGAGUCUAGUGAUCCUGUUGUCGAGAGUGCUGUGAAGGGUACAGGGGUCAAGAUACUGGAUAUAACCGCUCUGUCUGAGUUGAGAGAUGAGGGUCACAUGUCCAGAUAUAGUAUCAAAGCCACAGAAGGUGUUAAUGAUUGCUUACAUUGGUGUUUACCUGGCAUUCCUGACACAUGGAACGAACUCCUUUUUGCACAACUGUAGUCCAUGAUGUGUUAUGGGCUCCAAAACUAAUUUAGCCCAGCGUCUCUUCUUUAUCUGCAAGCAAGACGUAUUGAAGCAAGUCAAAAGACCCAUUCAGCCAUUCUUUUCAUUUGAUUCUGUGGAAGGAAUAGACUCUCACGACUUGAACAGUAGAAACACACAGAUCUAAUAAUAAUGUGUUCCACAUCUUACAUUUCCCGCAGAGCAAUCUUGGAACAUCUGUUGGACGUCAUACAGGUGUUUAUGAUACUGCAGAAUGAAGUUAAAAUGUAAAGGAGAAAUGUAGAGUCUUGUUGGAGAAUCAAAGGUUAGUGCCAUCUACCUGCUGUUUUUUUUUGUAGCAUAUCGACAUCAUAGUUUGAGUCUGCACAUAUGCUUAAUCUUGUUCUCUACAAGAACUCCCAUACCCUGUCCAUCUUCUAUAGUAAAUAUUUCUAAGAAGCAUUUUAUUUUCUAGUUAUGAGCUGGUUUUAGUGUGGUUUUGUCAUGUCUGAAAUUGUUAAUGACCACCCAGGUUUCCGAGAUUUUCUUUUGUUACCAUGUAUCAAAUCAGGAAAGAUGAUAAUUUUAUCCCAAGUGAAACUG